GGAUCCAUAAACUGGUCACGGGGUUCCUUUCCCCGCCAGUGUCUCCUCUCCAUUGCAUUCCAUCUGUUUGGUUCCCCAUAAACUGGGGGAAAUUUUGCCGGCAGGAUUCGGGAGAAAGGAAAAAAACAAUAAAUAAAAGGAACCGAAUAGAAAUAGAAAAAAGCAUCCUAAUUCCUAGUUUUUCUACGCCGCUUGAAAGAAUACUUCUCUACUUCAUUCCGAGAUAUAAACGGUGAAAACCUCUCAUUUCUACACUGUAAACUUGAAGAAGAAGUUACAAUUUAUUCUCCGAGAUAGAAUUUAAAAUGGCGGUUUCGUCCAUUCGGCUCGCACGCUGCUUGAGGCCUCGCAAUGUGGCCUUUAAUGUGAUUGUGAAUUCGUCUGUAUCACAUACCCAAUCCUUUGUAGCUUCCAUGAGUAGAUUUCGGGGCUCCUCAUCCGAGUAUAAUUUGUGCUGUUUUAGUGGUGGUAUCGUGUCGUUUAGUGCUCUUCGGGCUCGAAAUUUUGCUAAGGUGAGAGACAGAGGACUGAGAACUGAGGAUGAUCAUAUUCUUGGUGAUUCUAUGGAUGAUAUUGAAGACGAGCAGGAUGCAGACAUACGUCCUCAGGUGCAAGAGCGUGAUUUUACUGGCACAGCUUAUGUUCCUGUAUACGUGAUGUUACCUCUGGGUGUCAUCAACAUGAAUUGUGAGUUGGUUGAUCCUGAAGGUCUUCGAAAUGAGUUAAAGAUCUUGAAAUCAGCUAAUGUUGAUGGCGUUAUGGUUGAUUGCUGGUGGGGAAUAGUAGAGGGUAAUGCUCCGCAGGUAUAUAACUGGAGUGGGUACAAGAAACUCUUUCAGAUUGUGCGUGAACAUAAGCUCAAAUUGCAGGUUGUUAUGUCAUUUCAUAAAUGUGGAGGCAAUGUUGGUGAUAAUGUACAUAUUCCACUCCCUGAAUGGGUGACAGAAAUUGGUCAGACCAAUCCUGACAUAUAUUUUACAGAUAGAAAAGGAAGACGGAAUACUGAAUGCCUCACAUGGGGAAUUGAUAAAGAACGGGUUUUGAAAGGCAGGACUGCUGUUGAGGCUUACUUUGACUAUAUGAGAAGCUUUCGAGUAGAAUUUGAUGAGUUUUUUGAGGGUGGAAUCAUCUCUGAGAUUGAAGUUGGAUUAGGUCCAUGUGGAGAGUUACGUUAUCCCUCAUAUCCUGCAGAGAAUGGGUGGAAAUAUCCUGGUAUUGGUGAAUUCCAGUGUUAUGAUAAGUACUUGAUGAAGAGUCUGAGCAAAGCUGCAGAAGUGAGAGGACACUCAUUUUGGGCUAAAGGUCCAGAUAAUGCAAGUUCUUAUAAUUCUGCACCACAUGAGACAAGGUUUUUCUGUGAUGGAGGUGAUUAUGAUAGCUACUAUGGUAGAUUCUUUCUGAAUUGGUAUUCUCGAGUUUUAAUUGAUCAUGGUGAUCGUGUACUUGCUCUGGCCAAUUUAGCUUUUGAAGGCACUUGCAUUUCUGCAAAGAUAUCAGGUAUUCAUUGGUGGUACAAAACAGCUAGUCAUGCUGCUGAAUUGACUGCUGGGUUCUACAACCCUUCAAAUCGUGAUGGCUAUGCUCCAGUUGCAGCAAUGUUGAGUAAGCAUGGUGUUGGUCUCAACUUCACAUGUGUUGAAAUGCGCACAUUGGAUCAGCAUGAGGACUUUCCAGAGGCACUGGCAGAUCCUGAGGGAUUAGUUUGGCAGGUACUGAAUGCCGCGUGGGAUGCUUGCAUACCAGUUGCCAGUGAGAAUGCUCUUCCUUGCUAUGACAGAGAGGGUUAUAACAAGAUAUUAGAAAAUGCCAAACCACAGCAUGAUCCAGAUGGCAGGCAUUUAUCAGCUUUUACCUAUCUCAGGCUCAGCCCUGUUCUCAUGGAGAGGGAAAAUUUUACUGAGUUUGAAAGAUUUGUCAAGAGAAUGCAUGGGGAAGCAGUCGGAGAAUUCAAUCUAAAUUGAAUGGAAGUCAUUGCAAAACCCCCAUUGAUGGAUGGAUGCAGGGGUUGCUGCCUGUGGCUAAACAUCCCUAAUAAGAUAUUGUUAAAUUUUACUCUUUUUUGUCUGUAAAAUCCAGUGUAAUGUGACACUGAAGUAAUACAGUUCAAUGUAAUGAGGCAGUUACUCACAAUAUACAUGCUGAUUAUGGUCGUUUCUUUCUUGAUGGAUAUAAAGAAGAAGAGGUUGAGUAAUAGGAUUCAAGAGAAAAAGAGAGAAAUCUAGAGACAUGAGAGAGUUCAGAGAAGAAAUUAGAAAGAAAGGGAAGAAGCCAUGGAAGAAGAAAUCAGUGAGAAAUGCUGUUCAUUCUAUAUCAGAAAUGCUAUUCAUUGUAUUAUAUUUUAAACUCAAAUUUACCUCAAAUAUAAUUAUAUCAUAUUUAAA